AUACUUUUCAAACAGAAGUCAAUGAUGUCUUCUGAAAAUGUAACUAACAAACGUCAUCAUAACCCAGUGGACAGCAUUUGCAGAAAAAUCAAGACUAUCCAGAUGAUGGACCAAGUCUCUAAUCCUGCUUUACAGAUCCCAAAGUUUCAGUCUAGGAACUUUGACAGCCCACAGACUAAUAUCAAGAAAAACUUAGAGGAGAUAUUGAAGAAAAGGACCUUUAAAAGUCAUGAGGCUACUGGGCCAUAUUUCCUAAGCCCCAGUAGAGACAAUAUUUUCUCACCAUGUCCGCAGGCCGCAGGCCACAGACGAUGCACGUCUGACUUCCACACUGGCAGUGCAACCUAUUCAAUUGGUAAAAAUAAAGAGAAGACCAGAAAGUCAUGGCUACCAAUGUGCCAAGUUGAGAGUUCUCCACCCCUUCUCAAAAGUGGAGAGGCUAACAUCCGUAUGGGUCAACUAUCUGCAGCUUCCAACGUCGAAUGUAACUACCUUACAUCAAGUCCAAACUUGCCUUUCUUAACGACAGUCCAAAAGGCAGAAUGUUUUGCGUUCCAAUCUCCAGUGGUGAAGAGACUAUCGUUGAGUGAAAGAGGAUGGAGACUAUCAUGGGCGAAUAACGCUGACAACACCUAUGAUGUGAGCUUGAUCUGCGAAGAAGACUUGUUGACCACUAUCUUCUGUGCAUGUGACACAGAACGCAGAGGAAAAGUAGCCGUUUCCAAGAUAGUUGAUUAUCUGAGACAUACAACUAGCCGGGGGUCAGAAGACAGUGGUCUUGAAGAGCUGUGCAACAUGCUUGAUCCUGAUAAAAGGGACAUCUCGAUAGACCUGGAAACAUACCAUGCUAUCAUGAAAGAGUGGAUUGAAGACUGUAAAAGAAAAUGGGAAGAUACUGCUAAGGAGACAACGACAAAUACAGAAGAUUCUGUGUUUAAAUUGCAUGAGAGCAUUCUAACAGCAAAAAAGACUCCUGCUAGGAUAAACAUUACAUCAGGAAGUUUAGAGGCCUUAGGUGGAGAUGUGUCCAAAGGAGACCUGGAGACAUCUGACUUGAUUACCUGUGUAGCAGACCUUCAGUUCAAGAAUCAGAAACUUCAAGAGGAGAACUGCAAACUGAAGAUGGCAGUUGAAGCAUUGGAGGAUACCAAUAAUAGGCUAAUGGAGGACAAUGAGGAUCUAAAUAAUCAA